AAAGUUUCUUGAAGUUCACUCACAAAAACCAUUAAGCGCUCUGAUGAAACUGGUUAUCAUGAGGACUGCCACAGGAAAGGAAGACCUAGAGUUACCUCUGCUACAGAGGAUAAGUUCGUUAGACUUAACUGCACCUCAGAUUGUAGCACAAAUAAAUGCUUCACAGAGUUCAAGUAACAGACACAUCUUAACAUGAACUGUUCAGAGGAGACUGCGUGAAUCAGGCCUUUAUGGUUGUAUUGCUGCAAAGAAACCACUACUAAAGGACACCAAUAAGAAGAAGAGACUUGCUUGGGUCAAGAAACACGAGCAAUGGACAUGAGACCGGUGGAAGUCUGUCCUUUGGUCUGAUAUGGUCCAAAUUUGAGAUUUUUGGUUCCAACGGCUGUGUCUUUGUGAGACGCAUGGUAGGUGAAUGGAUGAUCUCCGUAUCUGUGGUUCCCACCGUGAAGCAUGGAGGAGGUGUGAUGGUGCUUUGCUGGUGACAUUGUUGUUGAUUUAUUUAGAAUUCAAUGCACACUUAACCAGCAUGGCUACCACAGCAUUCUGCAGGGAUACGCCAUCCCAUCUGGUUUGCGCUGAGUGGGACUAUCAUUUGUUUUUCAACAGGACAAUGACCCAACACACCUUCAGGCUGUGUGUGGGCUAUUUGACCAAGAAGGAGAGUGAUGGAGUGCUGCAUCAGAUGAUCUGGCCUCCACAAUCACUCAACCUCAACCCAAUUAAGAUGGUUUGGGAUGAGUUGGACCGCAGAGUGAAGGAAAAACAGCCAACAAGUGCUCAGCAUUUGUGGGAACUCCUUCAAGACUGUUGGAAAAGCAUUCCAGAUGAAGCUGGUUGAGAGAAUGCCAAGAGUGUGCAAAGUUGUCAUCAAGGCAAAGGGUGGCUACUUUGAAUAAUCUAAAUUCAAAAAUACUUGUUUAACACUUUAUUGGUUACUGCAUGAUUCCAUGUGUUUGUUCAUAGUUUUGAUAUCUUCACUAUUAUUCUACAAUGUAUAAAAUAGUAAAAAUAAAGAAAAACCCUUGAAUUAAUAGGUGUCCAAACUUUUGAAUGGGACUGUAGUUUUAAUGAACCUCACUGAGUAUAGAAAACAUUACAAACACCUGCUCUUUCUAUGACAUAGACUGACCAGGUGAAUCCAGGUGAAAGCUAUGAUCCUUUAAUGAUGUCACUUGUUAAAUCCACUUCAAUCAGUGUAGAUGAAGGAGGAGACAGGUUAAAGACAACUUUUUAAGCCUUGAGACUCGAUUGUGUAUGUGUGCCAUUCAGAGGGUGAAUGGGCUAGACAAAAAAUGUAAGUGCCUUUCAACACGGUAUGGUAGUAGGUGCCAGCCCAGGUGCACCGGCUUGUGUUAAAAACUACAACGCUGCUGGGUUUUCCACACUCAACAGUUUCCUGUGUGACAUCCAGCCAACUAGACACAACUGUGGGAAGCACUGGAUUCAACAUGGGCCAGCAUCGCUGUGGAACGCUUUCAACACCUUGUAGAGUCCAGUAAAUCUUAGUUUUUAGGGGAGCUCUCACAACAAUCAAUUACCAAAGGGUAGCUUCUGAUAGAUCAAUUCUCCAGGAGGAGGUGCUGCCCAGCCUAUAGUUUGUUUUCUUCUGAUAGUAGAUUUUAUCAUUGAUCAUCUGAAGUUCUUUUAAAGAUCCCUGGGUUCUUCAAGGGCAUGACAUUUCCUGUCCUGACUACUGGCAUCACCAACGCUGUGGUCUUUGGUUCCUAUAGCAAUGCUUUAGACUGCCUCACCCAGUCCCAACGGAAUGACCGAAUCCAAGGCAACCCUGUCUCUGCAUCAGCAGUCUUCGCAGCUGGCUGUUUCUCAGGUCUGGCACAGGUGGUGGUUACUGCGCCUGUUGACCUGGUGAAGGUACGCUUGCAGUCCCAGACCAAGAGCUGGGCUGGUGUCGGUGGUGACGGGUAUCGAGGUCCCAUUCACUGUGUGACUGUCAUCCUGAGGGAGGAGGGUCCAAGGGGAUUGUUUCGGGGGGGGUUGGCUCUUACCCUGAGAGAUGUACCCUGCUAUGGAAUCUACUUCUUGCCUUACGAAAUGACCUGCAGGUUUCUGACUGAAGAAGGCAAACGGCCAGGCACAUUUGCAGUAUUGAUGGCGGGUGGGGUGGCAGGCGUGGUGACGUGGGCCUUUGCCACGCCCAUGGAUGUGAUUAAAGCGCGGCUGCAGAUGUCCGGUGCUGGGGGCCGGGUGUACCAGGGGGUCCUGCACUGCAUGAGUGUGAGUCUGAAGGAGGAGGGGGUGAGAGUGUUCUUUAAGGGGCUCCUCCUGAACAGCCUGAGGGCCUUCCCUGUCAACGCAAUCACCUUCCUCAGCUAUGAGCGCCUGAUGCGUUUUCUCACCCGGCCGUCUGCAGACUGACCACAAGACUAUAUGCAUCUCCUGGAUACACUCUGGUCGGACUAAAUGAUGGAAAGAAUAGCAACAUUGGAUGGGCAAACCAUUAUCUGAAAUGAACUGGUAUAUACAGUAUACCUUAGCAUGCUAUACUCAAUUGUAUCUGCUAGACUGGAGUUUCACACUUUGUGUUAUCCUCAAUGUGGGCACUCAAGACAGGGCUCAUGAUGCUGUUUUAGUAGGACACAGUGCUGUGAUAUAAGGUGUCACCAUACUUAUGGAUGCAAACUGUCAUACAGCAUCACCUCUCACAGAGCUAUGAUACCAUCAGUAUUUUAUAUCAUGAGACAACAACCUUGAAUAUGAAAACACCUGGAAACCAAAUGUUUAUACCAAGACAUGGUGUAUUUAUGUACGAACUUCAUAGCCUUCAUUUAUACAUUUUUAAUAAACAAAAUGU